GGAUAACCGCACGUCGGUUCAUGGAUCACGAAACCCGGUAAUCGCUGUGGCAAAGGUAGGUCAUUGCUGGUCAAAUGUUGUGCACUUCGAAUGUCUCUACCACAUCAAUUCAUUGCUAGAGAUUAUUCUGAACUGCUUAAACUUAACGCUUCGAGAUCAUGGAAUGGGCAAAGAACUGGGUCACUGAUAAGCUUGCUGGCUAUGCAGCAACCGGUAUACAAGCUGGAGGAAAUUUGGCCGGCAACGCUGUCGGCGGCGUAGGGACUUUGAUUGAGAACUCCGGCCGUUCGGUGGGGCAGAGUGCGAAUGGCGCUGUUUCCGGCGUUGGCAACUACAUCAAUGGCUAUGGCGACUCUGUCAGGAAUUCCAUGGCAGCUGAUGGACCAGUCAGUGCGGGAGGAGCGGGUGCGAAGAAGACGGCUGUACAGCCGAGCACUGCUGUCAAGAGGACCGCGAAUGGGACAACGAAAGCUGCGAGCUCUGCCAUUGGAGGUGUGAAGGAAAACGUGCCGAGUACAUCAAAGGCACUUCCUGCUGCUAAACCUCCUUCGAAACCACCGACCGCCACGAACCGCGUUCUUCCAACGAAAAAACCGGUCCCUCCGACAGCGACGACUAGAACAUCGCCAGCCCAAACCGCUCCCAAUAGAUCUAGUGCGCCCGGCGCGAAGACGGCCCCACGACCAGCUAUAUCUACCGCACAAAGCGAGCGAACACCUGAUGGUAAGGUCAAGAUCUCGCCAGUCAGCCGCCCACAGCCUGUCAAAGCUGCGCCAGCCAACAGCGGGCCUGUAAGAGCACCUGCACCGACAGCUUCCUCUCGCCCAGCACCAGUCAGAGCACCCAUCUCGACAGGCCAAGGCGCCCGAACAAGCGAUGGCAAGAUCAAAAUCUCACCGGAGAGUCGUCCACGACCUGUCAAAGUUUGAUCGAAAGAAAGAACACAAAAUUGGAACAAGAAGGAUAGCCAAAAUUCAUGUACAAUGCAUUUCAACAGCACAAUCUGUGUACGACUAGCACGACCCAAGAAUACAAAAUCAAAACAUACCCAAAGA